GCAGGAUACGCGUGUGAAGCACAUAACGGUGCCCCAGAUUCGUUUCUGUACCACACACGCGCUCAGCCAGGUUAAGGUUAGGUGUUUGCGCGCGCGUGUCCGGAAUAGUCAUAGUGAGAGUAAUAGUGUAUGUGAGGCUUUUUUGUGUGUGUGUGGGUAUGUAGCAUUAGUGUCUUAGCCUGCAGCUCUGCAGCUUAGUGUGCUAGUGGGCCAAUAAGUCAGCGAUCGAUGGAGGCGCGAAAGUGAAAGGAUCGGGCCCGUAAGUUGGCACAAAGCCCUGUCGGAGAAGUGCUGUGUAAAUUGUAUAUAAAAUAAUUUAAAUAAUCCCCACGAGAGAGAAAGAGAGAGAGAGUGGUGAUUAACGUCAAAUUCAAUUUAAACGCAGACAGCUUCUCAUCGUUUCAUCGAAAGAACUGCCCCAAAAGCGUAACGCGUAAAGCAUAUUUCCUCUGGAAGGAAAUUUUUAAUGCUGUGCGCUGAUGAUCGGCCUAUUCAACUGCUUUUCGUUAAUUCCAAAACGCGACUCACAACGAGUAACGACGGGCCUAGGACGGGGAGCGAGCGGAUUGCUGUUUGCCCAACGGCAUAAACCGUAAUUUGUCGCACGAGCGUGUCAAAGCGAAAGUUUGAAUUCAAUUACAAAAACGGCUUAUUACAAAGUAGCGAUGCUCUAAGCGUCUCUACAGCAUCCCGUGAGUGAUUUGUGCUGUGUGUGUUUGUGGUUUUGUGGUUGUAUGUGUCGUGUGUGUGUAUGUGAAAAUGUGUUUCCUAAAGUGCGUGUGAUCUAGCCGUGCUUUUACGGUGGCUUUAAAAGCACCGUGCUUGUGCGUUUUCGAGGUGCAGUGUAAAUAAGCGAGUCCGUUUCUUAGUUCCGCAAACUAGCUCUUAGUAUUAUCAUUCGAAAAAGGUGAUCCAUCCCACGGGAGUGCUCCUUCCACAGCUAACGCUUUGCGCUUUUCGUCAAUUAACGUUUGAUCGCGCCCUUCGGUUGCUCGGAGGCUUUUCGGUUUUCCGUUCUGGCUGGGAAAUUCAUCGAAAUAAUUAAUUUCCUUUUUGCUGGAAGGCAAACAGCGUGGAGGGAGAAAAAGGUUCGUUCGUUCCUGUGAAGUGUGCUCUUGUUCCGUGUUUGUGUGUGUGUGUAUGUAUGUAUGUGUGAGUGUGUAUAAAUAUGCUUGAGUGAGUGCGUAAAUGGUGCGUACCGUUGUGAGCGAUAGAAAUGAUAGGCUUAUCCACGCUUAGCGGUGCCUCUGCUGCUGCUGCUGCUGCUGCUGCUGCAAGUUCCUGAGAAGUGGUGGAAUUUUAGAGAGCAAUAUCCUGAAUACCACUACUGCCUGAAGUGGCUGCGAGAAACCAGGCUACUUCAGCGGCCUAGCAACUGUGAUUUUGUGUCGGUGCUGUCUGUCCGUUCUUCAUUCAAAUUCUAAGGCCAUUUAGCAGCGAGCAUCAAACACAUUGAACGCGCACUGGGCGCGCCUUAUCGUGAUCGAAUCUGCGCGAGGCAAGGAACAUACAAUUUACAGAUAAGGGCUUCAGCGCGGCUAAUCCAGCAGAGGAAGAGAGGAGAUCAGCACAGAAAACAAAACAAAACGCUUUAAGGAUAAAAUAAAAGCAGUUUUUUUUUCUCUGCCUACCCAAUCAACGGUCUAAACGAGUCGGCAAACGGGCGCUACUCAAACCGAAAACCAUCCAGCCAACCAGGAAACGUCAGAAAUAAUCAGCAAACAUGGCGGCCACGAUGCGAACCGGAGGCCUUCACCACGCUUCGUCGCUGGGAAAUAUCGACACAUCGUCGCAGGCGAAGGUAAAUUUUGCGGCCCGCAGCUACGACUCCGAAGAUGAAAAUAUGGGCCGAAAGAAGGGACGGCCUUUUGAGACGGGGCCCUGCUCGAGGGCUCCCGUCUACUCGAAGGGAGACAUACGCGAACAGUACUGCCUGACGGAUCGACAGCUCAACUCGAUAGAGCAGCCACGGCGGGAACGAUUUUUUGGCUGCUGGUCCGGCCGCAAUGCUCCACAGUCAUUUCUGGGCGUCUGCGUGGGUCGGCGGGCGCCCUCCGACGAAAACCUCGCCGAUUAUGCACCGAUGCAGCGCUAUCCUAGGUACAUCAAUUCCGGCCCGAUAGCGAAAUCCAUCCUGCAGCAGUACGAUGACGACAUGGAAAGCUCGUACUUCCGCCGAAAGCCGACCUCUUUUUUAUCGAACAGCAGCCAGGGCGGCGGUGGAGCUGGCGGUGGCGGUGGCGGCAGUGCGGGAUUAAUUAUAGGAAGCAGCGCAACACUGCCGGCCGGCGGUGACAGUAAGCGAUACGGUGGCUCCUGGCUGCCGGCCGAGGACGAAGCGGUACGGUUAGAGGGUCCAAGCCUUUAUCGAUGUCCAGCUCAUAACGAUCUGCUGCCGCCGCCACCACCACCACCGAACGUAGGCCUUAUCGAUGGCAUCCCGGGCGGCCCACCAAGGACCAAACACGUCAGCUUUGCCCGGUCCUACACGCUCACGUCGUUCGACGAAGCGAUGGGUAGCCGACCGCUGUCACGGCUGGCAGCGGCUCGCAGCCAGGAACGGCUGAUCGGCGGCAAAAAGCCCACCAUCACGCUGGCCCAGCACACGGCCGGCCCGUACGCCACGGGUGCACCGCUGCACUCGAUCCUCACGCAACCCACCGCCCAGCCGCAACCGCUGCUGCCCCAGGCCCUCCAGAAGCAACCCCUGUCCGUGCCGCAGAACCCGAGCCACAGUCAACCUCAGCAGCCGCAGCAUCAGCCCCAGCCGCAGCAGCAUCAUCAGCCACAGCAGCAGCAGCAACCGCAGCAGCCUCAGCACGUGCUCAUACAGCAGCAACCCACGUCCCAUCUUCAUCAGCACUUGCACCAGCAGCAUCUGCAGCAUCUUCAGCAGCAGCAGCAGCAGCAACAGGCGGCACUGCUCGCACACCAAGCUCACCUGCAACAUCAACAGCAGCAACUUCAGGCAGCACAACUCGCCGCUCAGCAGCAGCAGCAACAGCAACAGCUUCAGCAGCAGCAGCAUCAGCAGGAGAUGGUUGUGCUGGAAAAGGUGAAGCGAAGCGCUAUGAAGACGCAAGCAACGCAGACGGAGGUGUAUCUGGGCAAGAAGGGAACGGCGCCACACAAUCUUUCGCUGAGCCCCAGAACGAUCCACCGGGUAAAAAUGGUUUCCCAAGGCGCGCAAACGAACGGCGGACUGAACGGUGGUGGCCGCAAGCUAACCAAGAGCCUUUCCGAGGCCGGCGAUCGCUUGCAGGAGAAUGGCAUCGAUCCAAACGUGCUGCAACCGGUGGACACUGGCACCAGCGCGAAUGCCAACUUUGAUCAUGAGCUGCUGCAUCGCACACAGUCGGAAGAGCCGCCGAAAUCACCCUUCACCAUCACCUCACCGCCCGCCACCCAUGUAGGGCCACAUUUCGAGCUACCAUCGUCGCGCACGUCCUCGCAGCUGAGCCACUCGGACGGCACGCACCUGACGCACUCGCGCAACCACUCGCAGGACAGUGCGACCUCGUACCGGUCGACCGAUGGGUCGCGGACGUCGUACGAGACCGCCUCCUAUCCGUACGAUGCGUACGACAGCAUUGUGCUGCCGCGGCGUGCCAGCCACUCGCAGGAGCCGACCUUCCAGUUUUUGCGCAAACAGGACCUGGAGCAGGUGCACCAUCAUCAUCAGCAGCAUCAGCAGCAGCAGCAGCAGCAGCAACAUCUUCAACAUCAACAACAACAUCAGUCACAGUACACCCAUGGCUACGAGAAUGGAUACGUUCCGUUCGAGACGCACAGCUUGCCGCGGAGAACGUGCAUCCACCACAAGCCGGAGGAGUUCCACACGCACACACUGCCCCGGCGGGACCACGGGCACGCCCAUCACCAUCACGACAUCGUGUACCGGGACCAGUCCCAUCCGGCACUGCCCGCCCCCGAGCAUCUCAUCCUGUCCAACGGAAGCGUUAAUCAAGAUGUUCGAUCUUUUGAUAGCAUGCCGACGGCCACGACCCUGAACCGCCGGAUGUCUGCCCACGCCAUUGUGCUGCCGCCGGAAAAGCAGCAACACUCGAGCGGGCUACCCCUCGUCCAAGGACUGCAUCAGCAGCAGCAACAGCAGCAACAGCAGCAGCAGCAACAGCAGCAGCAGCAGCAACAACGGCGAGCCUCGUACGCGUUCGUCACGCCCGACACGCAAGCCCUCGCCAAGCGCAACUCCAUCCCCCAUCAGCAGAUCCAGAAGGUGCAGCCCAUCAUGCAGACGCAACCGUUCCAACCGCUGGUCAAACCGCAACCACCCACUCUGCCCUCCCAUUACACCUCCCAAGCGGCACCCCCGUCCUGUCCGGUGACGCCGCCCAACAUUCAGCCGCUGGACAUGCAGGACGACACCAAGUCGUCCUCCGAGGGUAGCUGCUCGACCUGCGACUCGGACAGCGAGCAGGAGCUGGACGGCCUGCCCGGCGAGGAGCGCGAAAUCUUCAUCGACUUUAAGCCGCGCGUGUCGCCCGUCCCCUCGCCCGGGGCCGUCAAGAAGAAAAAGCUUCAAAAAGCACAGUCCGAGGGUGAGCUGAUGCAUGCCGACGCAAGGCGCAAAGCGAGCGUGACGGGCGAUGGAGAUGGCGGUAGCUCAACCGUACCGACCGGCAGUGACGAUGAGGGACGCUCCACGAUGCGGGAACAGUGUGCAGCGCCGAAACUGCCCAAGCCGGACUAUCGCGACGCGAGCGAAAGCUCCGUGCCGGACGAUGAGCCGCAGGUGAAGGAUCGGCGAAAGGAAAGCUUCCGCAAGCGCUCGGUCAGUCUGGAUCAGCCCACGAGCUGCGAGCAGGAGGACGAGGAGGAACGGGCGCACAACGGGAGUGUGGUGCAACAGCACCCGCAUCGCAACGGUGGGGACAGUGGGAGAGUUCACCCGCACGCAGCCCAGCGUAUGUCGUCCCGGUCUAGAUCGAUCGGAGCUUCGAUUGGGUCGCGCCAUCUUUCGGCACCACCUUCGCCGCAGAAGGAAGAUCACUCCGCGUCCACAGGUAGGCUUCACCGGGAGGCUUCCCCAUUCCACUCUUCCGACUCGCUUGCAAACGAUGCCACCCGCGACACGUCCGACGGGAACUGGAACGAAUCGCAGGCGACGAUCAUGACGCAAAGCUUGACGGACAACGGGAAGCUGACUCCAUCGUCGAGAAGGAAGAAUCUGCUGCUGCAGCAUCAGCAGCGCAGCUCGAUGGAUACGGAUGUGCUGGAUAUGGAAGAUAUCGCCGAUCAGCCUCUACCACCACUGCCAGUAACCGUGGCAUCGACUGCACUGCAGUCAAACACCGUCUCCACACCGUCCGGCCACGGCCACCAACCGAACGGGACGGCCAUUCAACCGAGCGUGGCCGGCAUCGGCAUCGUAAAGCCCACCACCCCAUCGAUCGCUGUCAUCCCUUCGCCGAGCAUGGAGCGCGAGGAGCGUGACCUGCAGUGGCAAAAGUCGGCCACGCUGCGCCGCCCUUCGCGGCCACUUUCGCCCACCAAGCGGGCCGCACGCAGCGAGAAGCAGCAGCAAAAGCUGCACAAAAUCGAACCGUUAAUCCAUCGCUCUUCGGAUCCAACCGAACGUACCGGAAAGUCCGACCCAAGUCCAACGUCCUCAAUGCCUUCCGGCAGCCCAGCGACUCCCCAGCAACCUUCCCCGUCCUCAGCCAAGCUGCCCCACCACCAUCCAAUCGGUGCGGCCACUCCGGUGGCUGCCCGGUUCACCAAGGGUUCGCCCGGAAACGGUGUCGAUCUCUUGAAGGAUCAUCCCGUCUUUAGCCAAGAUCCGAGCACAGCCGGUCCCGGUGGUGCCACCGGUGGUGGCGCUGGAUCGGAAGGCAGCACCACCGAAGACUAUGUGACGUGCACCGACAACUCGAAGCGGGGUGCAUCGGGAGCUAAAGGUACAUACAAAACGAUCCACGCCACUAGACCGACCAAACAAGUACCAGCCACCACGCAGGACGGAUCAUCCUUCGAGAGUGCGUCCUCCAUCUACAGCCUGGCCCGGGUCGACGCGGUGUGCGAGGAAACGCCCCCGGUCGAGGAAAAGUCCGUCUCGCCCCAAAUCCCACCGCCGCCCAUUCCGAAGCCCUCGCCGACGCACUCCGUCAGCAGCAGUUCGAGCGAUAGUUUCAGCGUGAGCAAGAAGAGUUCGCCUUCCCGGGCCGCCCUGCCGAAAGCGAUCGCCGGCAAGGUGAAGCCGGCCAAGCCGCAGUCGCUUUCGGACGACGAGCGAAGCGAAAAGCGCUACUCGUCGUCGCACGACGAGAAGGAGGCCGCGCCCAAGCUGCCGUACGCUGGCACCGCGACCGGAACUAUUGCCCGAAGCGCUCGGCGGGGUCGCGACUGGAACGAGGAGGAGCGGCGCAGGAAAAAGAGCACGUUCAAGCUGGAGUUCGACAAGGACUCGAUCAAGACGUACACCACGCCGAUGCUGCGCCAGCCGAGCCCGGGCUUCAAGAAGCUGUCGCCGGAGGACAAGAGUGCACUGAAUGUGCUGGACGGGGCGAGUCCCAGCAGCAAGCAGAAACGCUUCCGGCCGAAGACACGCAAGUCACCGCGGGCUCGCAGCACCGUACCGGAGGACACGACCGCUGGCAGUGGGUUGGGAUCGACCGGAACGCUGCCACGGCGAAGCAAGACACCGUUGGUGCGCUCCCCCGAGAAACCUACCGUGGCGGCGACUGCGGCGACUGCGACAACGGCCGUGGUGCUGGCCACACCUCAGCCGACGAUUGUUACCACCGGCACGAAGCUGAGUCCCUCGCAGUACUACUCACAGAUCCGUAGCCCACCGUCGGUUGGAUCUCCUCGCAAGCAGAAAAUCUCGCCCGAGAAACGACUGCAGGCGAUCUCCACCGAGUCGCUACGUUCGGUGUCACCUGGUUCGGACUCGGUGUUUUACAGCGAAGCCGACGCACUGUCCCACUGUGAGCACCAGGUUCACUGUUCACACUGCGGCAAAGAGGUGGAGGUCUCGAACCUCCCGGGCGAAUCCGAAGAGUCCAUCCUAACGCUCGACUCGACGGACAACGAUCGGCCGGACAUUGUGCAGCCACCGGAGGGGUUCGCUGACUCGCCAGACUGCACCAAGACGCCGCACCACACCCGGCUGUACAAGAAGAUGGACAAACGCUUUCGCUCCGAGGACAGGCACGUCGAUCGGCGACACUUCAAGAGCCGGCAGGAGUACCGGGCCAAGAGCGAGGAGCGUGGCAAGGAGGAGAUCGAACCGAAUAAUCUGCGUCCAGCCGGUUCGUCGCCCUGCGUAGCGCCGGCCGGCCAAGCGUACAUCGACACAACGUCCGAGCCGGAGCAGGGCAUCUACCACGGUAACUACAAGGCUGGCCUGUGGAUCUGCAUCGCCGACAGGGACGUUUGGCGACGGAACGAGCUACCAGACGGCAGCUUCGAUCGCCCGAAGGACGCAACGCUCGAGCGACGCGGCUCGACCGAUUCGGAGCGAGAUUUUCGAAAGAAAUACCAAGCCAUCACACACCGGCUGGUGCACCGGAAGUCAUGCGUCGAGAUGUACCGACGUCAGAAUAGCAACAGUUUUGACACCGAUAAAACGGUGGUCGUGUGCAGGAAGUCCGGCGAGUUCGGGUUCCGCAUACACGGCUCGAAGCCGGUCGUGGUGUCCGCGAUCGAGCCGGACACGCCGGCCGAAACUUCGGGCCUAGAGGUAGGUGAUAUUGUACUGUCGGUCAACGGUAUCUCGGUGAUCGACAAAAGUCACUCGGAGGUUGUGAAAAUUGCCCACGCUGGCAGCGAUACGCUCGAGCUGGAGGUUGCUCGUACGAUUGGGAUGCUGUCGCCCCUGGACGAUGGCUCCUCACAUCCCUCGAUCUACACCGGGUUCCUAUGGCGGUACUGUUCCAGCGGUGGCAAAUGGGUCCGGCGGUGGUUCUCGCUACGGCCGGACCAUUGUCUCUACUACUACAAAUCAGAUGCGGAUAAUCAACCGAUUGGAGCGAUCAUGCUGACGAACCACACGAUCGAGCGCAUUCCGCUUGAACCAAUCACGCGCCCGCACAGCUUUGCCAUCGACACGGAGGAAGGCACCAAGGUGCAGCUGUCGGCCGACACGGAAGAAGCGGCCAGUCGCUGGAUCGCCAUCAUCAGCCACGCUGCCCAGCAAUGUGAUCCCUGGCUGGAAAACAGUGCACGGAACCUACGGCUCUGUGCGACGGGUAUCAGCAAACCGGACUGCAGCGGGCCGCUGACCAAGCUGGGCAGCAAAUGGCGCUCGUGGACCAAGCGAUACUGUGUGCUGAAGGAUGCGGUACUCUACUUCUACCACGACGGCACCAGCAAGAGUGCUUUCGGUAUGGCCUGCCUGCAGGGGUAUCGUGUACAGCCUUCGUCGGCCGGUGGUAAGAAGUAUGCGUUCGAGAUAGUUCCACCGGAGUUGAGUCUAAGACACUACUACUUCCACACCGAGACGGAAAUGGACAAGAAGCGCUGGGUGGCCGCCCUGGAAUACUCGAUAGACCGGUGGAUGAGGGCCGGCUGAAAUAACCUGAAACGCUACGAGCAGCUCGUAUAGUACACACCGUUUGGCCUUACGUUUCGCCAAUCUCCGGUCGGGAGCAAUCCUUUCCACCGCCAGCAGCAACACCAUCCUUCACCAUCAACCAACGGUCCAGCGGUGGCAGCAUAAACAAAGCACAAGCAAGCAAAACACCACUACAGUGCCCGCGCGCUCACCCAGCUUCACAUUAUGGUUUCGGAAUAUGCGAAUGGGGAGGGCAUAAAACAACACAACCUCGGUCUCGAACUGCCCAGCGCACGAUGCUCUAGCAGCAGCAACGACGGCAGCAGCAGCGCCAGCGUCCAUCGUAAAGGAGCCGUGAUUGCGGUGUGCCUACCUUUCAGGCGCCGCCAGCACCGGUGAUUGAAUGGAGUGAAAGCAGACAAGCGACGAGCGCAGCGACAACGAGAAUCAGUGCUGACAAUUUGUGCAUGUAAGCUGGAAACACACACACACACACACACCGACACACACAAAUAGCCCACAGUCACGCUUCAAUUACGAUCGUGCCUGCUAGCAGCAGGCCAAACAAAUCAACCGUGCCGUAAACUAUGGAGGCCAGCGUAAUACGAGACUCACACUCACACGCUACCAAGGUAGGUUUUUUUCCGAUGGUGUAAUAUCGAAACCCGUCCCAUGCGCUUGCUGCUUGAUGCCAUUUUGGUGUCGUGAUUUUCACUCGUCCAGCACGAGCUACAUCGCCCCCCACGUGCGCACAAACACACACACCUACACGGAGCAGGAUGGCAGCUUUGUGUCUUGCAGCUUUUGUAGCGUUUUUCGGGGUCGGGGUUGUUUUUCUUGCCACUCCAAAAGUAGUGGGGAACAGGGGAGCCUCGGCCUGACCUUUUGUUAUUGACGUAACGUAUACAAUUUAUGCUACCGCUUGCCGUAAACACUUGCACCGCAGGGUUUUCACAGCAUUUUCAUUUCCAUCUUUUUCUUUAUCAUUCUCCUCGACCAUCACUUGGAGGCGCUGGAGGUGUUAAGCGUCAUACGAGAACGAUGCGUAGCGUUUGCAAUGGUGUGAUGGUGUGGGGUAAUAUUUUUCUACCCACUCGCCAACCACGGCACACGGGCUUGGUGCUGCGGGGGAAAAGUUUCUCUUACAAAACGUCCCCAAACGUGGCAUAAACUUCAUCCUCCUUCUCGUCGUUUUGACUCAAAAGAGCAGUAGACUCUAGAGGCCGUGUCUAGAGGAGGGUGGGGACCGGAAAAAUUGAUGAAAAUCUUUCCCCAUGCCAAAGCAUCCCAAACCAACGGGAGGACGAUGUUUCCGGCUGAACAACUUCAUGUAGCAGGUGUGGCUUGUAGAAGGUACUGAAGCGAGAGUUUGUCACCACCGAUAAGGACUGUUGGGGCCACCGCCCCAAAAACUUCCGGGAUAUGAAAGCGAUUUAAAUACACACAGCACCCGUAAACAACCCAACUCUUUCUCUCUCACACACACACAUACAAAAAUGGAGAUAGCAAUAGAUGCGAAACGAGACCAACAGAAACGAACUGAACGGGGCGCCCCCAGAGCUGACGUAGCGUUGUUUUUCCCGCCCGAAUCGAGGGAAAACACUCUUCUCCUUAGAUGAUAGUAUUGAUAGAGAGCAUUUAAUAGAUUUAAUAGCGAAUGCACACACACGCACAUAUAAAGACAGCCACACCGUAACGCAAUGAGACGCGUCUCAUUGAUGGGUAAAUGGAUAGCAGGAAUGUGUGUUAUAGUUAUAGUAGCAAAAUUAAAUCCACUUAGCGAACGAUCGUAAAUGAUAGCUUUAAGGGUGGUUCUAGCAGACACAGAAGGCGAAGAGGGCGAUUUUGCUACGCGGAUUGCAUACUUUACACACCCAGCCAGCCUUGCAGAAUGAAUAUGCGCCUUAAAGUAUGCAAUUGGCGUAACAAAGCUGCGCUUUAAGCUACUUGUUUCGUUUGGAAACAGGAGCACGUUAUCGCCAGCAUCGUUACGAUGCCACGGGGAAGCGUCUUCGUAGUAUAAUGGAUUUAGAACUCCGUAACUUACGCGGAUGGUAAAGCACACUUCUACACUUUGAUAAGGACUCUUGAGCAGAAAAAGGUCACCAGUGUUUGUGGGUAGAACUUGUAUGAACUUAAAGUAUUGAUCAGGGCGAAAUGGAAACGCAUUGUUUAUUGGUAAACUGAUUUAUGGAUAACAACGAAGCAUACUCACCAGGAUCGCUCUUGUUGCACUAUAAAGGGGUAGUUUUAUGAGAACGCUUACUUCGGUAUCAUCU